UCUCCCCGCCCAGAAGGAAGCCGGUGUGGUUCGAAGCGCAGGACUCCUGGGCGAGAGAGGGCCCACGACUGAAGCGACGGCUUCUUCUUCGCCCAUCUGCCGCGGCUGGAGGUGUAUUCAUUAUUGAUGGCAGUAGCGGCGGUUGCUGCUCGCUAUGCAGGCCUGCCUGGAUAACUUGAGGAAAAUGGAAACAGAUGAGGCUCAAGAUAUGUCCCAAGUUUCAGGAAAAGAAAGUCCUCCGGUAAGCGAUGUCCCGGAUGAUUCUGAUGAGCCCAUGCCUGUGCCAGAAGAUCUUUCCACCAGCACAGGAGGACAGCAGAAUUCUCGCAGCGAGAGAGUUUUGGCUGCAUAUAGGGCUGAAGUCUUUAGGGAUUUUCACAGCAUCAUCCCCAAAUCCUUUUCCCCCAGUAAUAUUAAAAUAGAGGCACAGAGUGAUGAAGAGAAUGGGCGUGCCUGUGAAAUGAAUGGGGAAGAAUGUGCGGAGGAUUUACGAAUGCUUGAUGCCUCUGGAGAGAAAAUGAAUGGCUCACACAAUGGCAGCAAAGCCAUGUCAGGAGGUGGAGGCAUUCGACUCCCUAACGGAAAGCUAAAGUGUGAUGUCUGUGGGAUAAUUUGCAUCGGUCCCAAUGUUCUUAUGGUUCACAAGAGGAGCCACACUGGCGAACGCCCCUUCCAUUGUAAUCAGUGCGGGGCAUCCUUUACUCAAAAAGGAAACCUUCUCCGCCACAUAAAGUUACACUCUGGUGAAAAGCCGUUCAAGUGCCACUUGUGUAACUAUGCUUGUCGUCGGAGAGAUGCUCUUACAGGCCACCUGAGGACCCAUUCUGUUGGCAAGCCCCACAAAUGUGGAUACUGUGGUCGCAGCUACAAACAGCGCAGCUCUUUGGAAGAACAUAAAGAGCGUUGCCACAACUAUUUGCAAACCAUGAACCUCUCAGGCGGCCUCUACCCGGUCAUGAAAGAGGAAACCAGCCAGAGCGAAAUGGCUGAAGACCUGUGCAAGAUGGGAUCAGAGCGAUCCCUUAUGUUGGACAGACUAGCAAGUAACGUCGCCAAACGUAAGAGUUCUAUGCCUCAGAAAUUUGUUGGUGAGAAAUGUGCAAUUGAUGUUCCUUAUGAUGCAACCACCAAUUUUGAGAAGGAGAAUGAUAUGAUGCAGACCCAUGUCAUAGACCAGGCUAUUAACAAUGCCAUCAGCUACCUGGGGGCAGAGUCCUUGCGCCCGCUGGUGCAGACCCCACCAGGAGGCUCCGAAGGGGUGCCUGUCAUCAGCCCCAUGUAUCAGCUUCAUAAGUCCCUUGGGGAGACCAACCUGGCCCGAUCCAAUCACGCCGCUCAGGACAGCGCGGUGGAAAACUUGCUACUACUUUCUAAAGCCAAAUCCAUUUCUUCAGAAAGGGACCCUUCACCCAUCAACAGUCAAGACUCCACUGAUACGGAAAGCAAUAACGAAGAACGCAGCGGCUUAAUUUACCUAACAAAUCACAUAGCACCCCAUGCACGGAACGGCCUCUCGAUAAAGGAAGAACACCGGCCAUAUGACCUCCUAAGGGCAAACAGUGACAGCUCCCAAGAUGCCUUCAAAGUAAUAAAUGGCAAUGGAGAGCAAGUGAAAGUUUACAGAUGUGAACAUUGUCGGGUCCUGUUCUUGGACCAUGUGAUGUACACCAUCCAUAUGGGCUGCCAUGGCUUCCGCGAUCCUUUUGAGUGUAACAUGUGUGGCUACCACAGCCAGGACAGGUAUGAGUUCUCCUCCCACAUCACCCGAGGAGAACACCGCUACCACAUGAGUUAAAGCUACUUGGAUAGAAAUUGUCUGGAGCUCCAUGAAAAGCAGAAGGUCAGGUCCCUGGAAAUGAACUCUUCUCCUAGCAUGCAUGCACAAUUCAGUUUUCUACUCUUAAUAUUGAUGUUUUUAUUGCAAAUAUAAGUCACCCAAACAUAGUAAAGUAGGAGUUUUUGUAGUUAGGUAGAAGAAACCCAUUCUUGCUAGCACCCCCCCCCCCCGCUCUUUUCUUUCAUCCAGUGCCUUUAUUUGGGUAUGAGUGUGCACAGUUUUGGUUGGAAACUAGAAAAACAAAAUUAAUGUUAUCUUUUUCUGUGGUGACACUCUGAAAAUACACUUCUUACACCAUACAUAAAUUACGAUUUCCUAUAAUGAUUUGGUACAUUCACUAACCAACAGCAAUAAUCCACAUUUAGAGUAGGUUUAAAAAGCUCUUAGGUUUUUUGGGUGGUCCCAGCCGUAUUGAAUCACCUCUCGAGCAGAAUUCGUUUGAGCCAUGAUCUCCAAAAGCUGAACAGCACAUGUGUCAUCGUUGUAGAUUAUUCAGAAUGUGCUUAGUUUUGGAGCGGAGCGUGUCCAGAAGAAUCAAGGCAGCAUUGCCUCGAACAACACGGGGGGAGAGCAUGGCUACUGCUGUGCUUCUUAGGAGUGCUGUUUUGUGGGGCAUUCUAAAGAGUCUCAGAAAAGUUGCAGCCUUUGCAUCAUUUAACUUAUGGGAAAAUGGACUGCUCUGGUCAAACCCAGACUAUGUAAAUGAAAAACUCAGGGGAUUAUGAGUAAGAUCCAGUAAAAAUUCAACCCAAUUCUUAUCCAGAUCCAAAUUAAGUCAGCUGGAAACUCAGUCUAAAGAAGUACUGAGGGAAAGGUCCUUUGUGUAGCCUCACAGGGUUGUAUGUAGGACCCUGUCCUCUAUCACAAACUACUUGCUGAGAUUAUAAAGCAAUUUCUAAUGCUGUGAAUGUGAAUGAGGGGGAGCAGUUUCCCUAUUUUUAAAGUGUGCGGGGGAAUCGCCACACCUGUGCAAUCUACUGUGGAUAUAGAAAGGGAUCAUUGAGAUAGGGCCAUUUUGCAGGAGUCAGUCUUUGAAGUGCAACUUCCACAUGACAAAUACUGCUGUUGUCAGGUUUAGGCUUAGAAAUGAUGGAGUAAAUAAGGUGGUAAGUUAAAAACAAAAGUUGUAUAUGUAAAAACAACUGUGCAAGGCUGUUUCAAACACAUUACCGGUAAAUGUCUUUGUGUAACACACACUCUCCAACUGAGAUUGCACAGUUUCUGUUGGUGGAUUUAGCACAUAAUUAAUUAACUUCUUGUCUGCCUUGGCAAGACACUUUUAAAUCAUAAGCUGAAUCUUCUUUUUAAUGAAGCUUCUAUUAAAAAUGAAAGUGCAUGGGGUUUGUUUUUGGUCUUAUUAAUUAUGGCGGGGGUAGUGUUUUAAAUCCCACAGUUAAACUGCAUCUGCAGAACCCACACUUUGCCUAUUUUACACUGGAAAGUAUCUUUUUUCAUUUCCUGUGUCUUUCAGCGCUGCCCCACGCUUGCUGAAGGGGUCUUGCACACAUGACUCAGCAACAAACCCAGAUUUGCUGGUCAAGAGGGAGCUGUUUUACACACACAUGGUAUUUUAACAUGCAACCUUUCUUUAAGAAUGCACUGAAAAAAGGUAAUGUGUGAAGAAACCUCAGAGGGGUGCUGCACAACGGCACAAAGCCAUCACUGAUCCACCCCAUUCCUUCAUUCCCAGCUGUGACUAGAAACCUAUUUUAGAGCAGCGCUCGAUGUCACCUUUAUAACUGAGGAGAAUAAGACCUUUAUAGUUACAAUUUCUGGCCUGUCAAAAUGGUUCUGCCUGUUGCAAAACAUUAUCAGUCUUAUUCAGCCAUUUUUUUAUCAGCACAGGCAGUUUUGUGCGCUGUACACACAGCUCUUCCCUAUCUGCAAGGAUUACUCCGUUCAUUUCAAUGGAGGAAACAGAUCCAUGUCCACAUUCCUUUGGCUGUGCAGCUGAGUUCCUGCCACUGAACUCAAUGGGCACACGUUUGGUGCAGUGCAGUGCUGCUCUAUAUAUGAGAAUUUGUGCUGCUCCAUGCCAUUUUUAACAUUCAUGCAUACCAAGUUCUGUGUUCAUAUGUAUCAUAGCUGUACUUAAACAGAUAUUAAUUAAUACGUUAUCAGUGCCAGCGUGUUUCUGGUUCUAGGUUUUUCUAUUUAUGUUGCAACCAGUGCUUUUUUUUCAGGGGGUGCUUGAGUACGCAGUACCGACAUCUCUUUUGUUUGGGGGGGGGUGUUGUUAAAAAGUGUGGCACUUACUGUAACAACUUCAUGGU